UGCAGAUAACUGCUUUCCUGACCUAACCCUCCUACCAGAAGUCACAGCUUCCUAGCAUCUGGAGAUCAGGGAUAUCCAGAAGUAAUGCACUAAAAUGUCCCAGAAAGCUCCCUUCCCCACCUCGUUUACUAUCCAGGAUAUACUAAAGAGGAGUUGUUCUGACUGUAAAGGUCCUACUGGAGGUAUGACAGAGGAGUCCAAGGAAUCAGAGCUUGGAAGCCACCCAGAGAAGCCAGGGAAACCUAUAUUACCAGGAACAGCUCUCCAGAAAACAUCCCUGCCACACAGAGAGGUGGAUACAGAGAUUAGCUGCCCUACACAGGACACAGACGACCUUCCCCUGGACCACUCACCACAUGAACUGACACUUUUACAGAGCCCACCGAAUGGCUCACCGGGUACUGAUUCUGGAGCUGAGGACUUAUCCUGGGACCAGAGCCAUGAAGAAUCAGACAAAGUGAACAUCGGAGACCACCUUCUUAGAGACAAGAAUGAAGACAUCCAGAAGGCUAAUAAGAAGAGGUCCAGGGCAGCUUUCUCCCAUGCACAGGUCUAUGAGCUAGAGAGGAGGUUUAGUCUCCAGAGAUAUCUCUCAGGACCAGAAAGAGCUGACUUGGCAGCUGCACUCAAACUCACUGAGACCCAGGUCAAGAUCUGGUUCCAAAACAGGCGCUACAAGACCAAAAGGAAGCUGAUUGCAUCAAAACAAACCACCAAUGAUCCUCACACCCCAGCCAAGAAAGUGGCCGUCAGGGUAUUGGUGAGGGAUGAUCAGAGACAAUACUGUCCAGAGGAUGUGUUCACUCCAUCUCUACUCUCUCUGUACCAGGCAUACCAAUAUUACCCAUACAUGUACUGUCUGCCCACCUGGUCCCCGCAUCUCUCACUAUGAGGGGCAUGAAAUCCUUUGGACACUUCAGUGUGAGCAGUCUGACCCUGUACAUUGACUGGAAACCCCCAUACAGAGCUACAGACACAGAAGUAUGGAAGGAUGUAUUUAUUUAUAUACAAUUACCCUAUCCAUGAUUAACCCAUUUGCUGCCAGGACAAACACAGGCCCUAAAGCCGAAGAGGGCAACAAGACAACCAUCACAUCUGUACUACAGCUAAACCUAUUCCUAAUAGAAACAGAUCGAAAAUAAAGUCAACCAGA